GUUGAACCAAUCAGAUUUGCUUUCGAAAUAAUCACUUUGGGAAUCAAGUUAUACGAGUUGAGGAUACCGGAAGUUUUGGUUGAGCGCCAUUUUCGACUUUGAAAUACAAGUGGAAGGCUAUCCACGGCCCAGGAUUGGGAUUUAUUCAAAAUGCAUAUAAAAUCGAUAGUUAUCGAUGGAUUCAAAUCAUAUGCUCAGAGAACUGAAGUAAAUGGAUUUGACCCCUUAUUCAAUGCCAUCACUGGCCUAAAUGGGAGUGGCAAAUCCAACAUUCUCGAUUCGAUCUGCUUCCUGCUCGGCAUUUCAAAUCUUUCUCAGGUUCGAGCUGGCAGUUUGCAGGAGUUGGUCUAUAAAAAUGGACAGGCUGGAGUUACAAAGGCCACUGUCAGCAUUACUUUUGAUAAUGCGGACAAAAACCAGACUCCUUUGGGUUAUGAACAAUAUGAUGAGAUUACAGUCACCCGUCAGGUUGUGAUUGGUGGUCGCAACAAAUACAUGAUCAACGGGAGUAAUGCCAAUAAUAUGCGUGUUCAGGAUUUGUUCCGCUCAGUGCAACUGAAUGUGAACAAUCCUCACUUCCUCAUCAUGCAAGGCAGAAUAACAAAGGUGUUGAACAUGAAGCCACCAGAGAUUCUCUCCAUGAUUGAGGAAGCAGCAGGAACUCGGCUGUAUGAAACCAAAAAAGAAGCAGCCCAAAAGACCAUUGAGAAGAAGGAUGCUAAGCUGAGAGAAAUUGACACAGUUCUCAAGGAAGAUAUCACACCUACAUUGACCAAACUUCGAGAUGAGCGCUCUUCAUACUUGGAGUACCAGAAAAUCAUCAGAGAGUUGGAGCACUUGAACAAGCUUUACGUGGCUUAUCAGUUUAUCAGUGCGGAGGAAAAGAAAAAGAAAUCAGCUGACGAGCUCACAGAGAUGCAAGAAGUGAUUGUGAAAACAAAAGAACGGAUCGAAGAGAUAAAAGGAAAGAUGGAGGAAAUAGAGGUGACCAUUGCGGAACUGGAGAAAAAGAGAAAUGAGGAAUCUGGCAGUGUGAUUUCGCAACUGGAAGCUGAGCUAGCUGAUAAAAAGUCCGCUGAUGUCAAAGUUCAAAGUGCUGUGAACUCAAAGAAGGACAAUCUCAAGUCGGAGCAGAAAAGACAGAAAGAGGUCAACAAGAACAUCACCGAUAAUAAGGCCACAAUUACAAAUCGUCAGAAGGAUCUCAGCAAGAUUGAAGCUAAUGUUGAGAAGAUGAGGGCUGAAAAGGUCGCGGCUGAGGAGGAAUAUGAAGCUGCGAAAAAACAUUUCCAGGCUGUUAGUGCUGGUUUGUCUUCAAAUGAUGAUGGAGAGGCGGCCACGCUGAAUGACCAACUGAUAACUGCCAAAAGUGACAUCAGCAAGGCUGAGACAGAUACCAAGCAAGCUCAAAUGAGACUGAAGCAUGCACAGCAGGAAAUCAAGACAAAAGAAUCAGAGUUGAAGAAGACAGACCAAGCUUAUAAAAAAGACCAUACUGCAUUUGAUGUCGUGUCAAAAAGCCUUAACAAGCUUGAGGCUGAUAUGAAAAAACUUGGAUAUCAAGAAGGUACCGAAGAGAAAAUGGCUGCAGACAGAAGGACUUUGGUGAAGGAAGUUCAGGAUCACAAAGGGAAACUCCUUACUAUGGAGGCAAGGUACCCCAAUCUCAAAUUUGAGUACAAAGACCCGGAGAAGAAUUUUGACAGAAGCAAAGUGUCUGGUCUAGUUUGCAAGCUUUUCUCGGUCAAUGACUCUAAGCACUCUUCUGCUCUUGAAGUGACUGCCGGAGGAAAGCUGUACAAUGUGGUGGUAGAUUCGGAGAUUACUGGAAAGAAACUCCUGAAGUUUGGCGAGCUGAAGCGCAGAUGCACCAUCUUACCUCUGAACAAAAUUGCUGGCAGAUCUAUUGAUGAUGCAACCUUGAAAAGAGCUGAGUCACUUGUGGGCAAGGGUAACGUUCACACUGCCCUGUCAUUGGUCACUUACGACAAGAAGUUCCAUCCCAUCAUGCAGUUUGUAUUUGGAUCCGUCUUUGUGUGUUCUGAUUUAGACACCGCCAGCAAAGUGGCCUAUGACGCUAAGAUCAUGAGAAAAUGUGUUACCUUGGAGGGGGACACUGUGGAUCCUGCAGGAACACUAUCUGGAGGAGCAAGAGCUCAUUCGGCGUCUGUGCUUGCAAUGCUACAGGAGCUUCGAGGCCUGGAAGAAUUUGUGUCCACAAAGUCUGGGGAGCUAGAACAGCUGGACAGAGAGAUGAAGGAGGUGCAGAAAGUGGCCAACAAGUACACUGAAGCGAAGCAGCAGUACGACCUGAAGGUUCAGGAGGUGGAACAGUUGAAAGUGAGGCUGGAGCAGAGCAGUCACCACCAGCAGCUGGAGGAGGUCAACGCCCUCAAGGCUUCUGUGGAGGAGCAGAACAAGAUUCUGAAAGAAGCACAGGAGACCCAGAAGAAAGCCCAACAGAAAGUCAAAGACUUGGAAGACAAGCUGAAGAAUGCUGCGGCCCUCCGAGAGAAAGAAUUGAAAGAAGCUGAUAAAAGAGUGACAGACUCCAAAAAGAAAAUGGAGGCUUCAGCUUCAAAGUCUAAAGAUCAUUUACAAGAAGUUGACAGUAUCAGACUGGAAAUUGAGACUCUCCAGAAAGAGAUGCAAAGCUAUGAAGAACAGUUGGUAGCUGUGGGGGAUUCUAUUGAGAGCAUCAAUGCUGGCUUGAAAGACUUGAACGAAGAAGUGGCAGCAUCAAAGGCCCAGGUGCAGAAGGCUCAAGACGCCCUGAACAAACAGAAAGCCACCCUCAAGGCCUACAAUGAGGACAUUGCUGCUCAUGAUUCCCAAAAGCGAGAGCUGCACAAAGAAAGCAAUGAAAGUGGUCUCAGAAUACAAGAAGUAGAGCACAAAAUUGCCAAAUUUCAAAAAGAAUCCAAGGACACUUGCAGAUAUGUGGAAUCGCUGCUCGAGAAAUACAGCUGGAUUGCGGAUGAGAGAAAAUAUUUUGGUCAACCCAACACCAUAUACGACUUUAAGGCCCAAGAUCCAAAAGAAGCUGAGAAGAGGAUUCAGAAGCUGACAGAGACCAAGGACAAAUUGUCUAAAAAUGUGAACGUGAGAGCAAUGAACUUGUUGGGGUCCGCCGAAGAGCAGUAUGCUGAUCUGAUGAAGAAGAGGAAGGUGGUUUUGAAUGACAAGGCUAAAAUUGCUUCUGUUAUUGAGGAGCUGGAUAAAAAGAAAAAAGAGGCACUACUCAAAGCAUGGGAGCAAGUGAAUAAGGACUUUGGUUCCAUCUUCUCUACACUGCUGCCAGGCACUCAGGCGAAACUGAGUCCCCCUGAAGGUCAGACGGUUCUGGAUGGCCUGGAGGUCAAGGUCGGUUUUGGGGCUGUGUGGAAGGAGUCCCUUGGUGAACUCAGUGGAGGGCAAAGGUCUCUAGUAGCCCUGUCCCUCAUCCUGGCCAUGUUGCUGUUCAAGCCGGCUCCGAUCUACAUCCUGGACGAGGUGGAUGCAGCCUUAGAUUUGUCUCACACACAAAACAUCGGCCAGAUGAUCAAGUCUCAUUUCAAACACUCACAGUUCAUCGUCGUGUCUCUGAAGGACGGCAUGUUCAACAACGCAAACGUCCUGUUCCGCACCAAGUUUGUUGAUGGAGUCUCCACAGUGAGCAGACACGUGCAGUUGCAGUCCCACAAAGCCUUGCUGUCUUCCUCCUCGGACAAAGAGAACGAGUCCACGAACGUUCAGAGGAAAAAACAGAAAAAGUGAUGAUGCAAUUUAUGCAGCUCUGCUUACCAUUUGUUGCAUUUGUGUUCAUUCAUUAUCGACAUGUUAUGAUUAUUUGUGAGAGACGUACUUAUUGGAGUGUGUCUUCUGUACAUAGUUUUUGAAACUCUGGGAGUUUCUGAUGGUCCAACUAGUUGGGUUUUUUUGUUGCUGUAUGACAGUCUAGCUUGUUUUGUGAAUAUGAGAUUCACAUUCAUUUGUUAAGGUUGUCAAGGGUGCUCCAGAAAUCUUGUAGAGUCAAGGUGGCACCUGAAAAACUGUCACUCUUGUUGAAAAAAUUGGGUUCAUAGAUGUAGGUCUUGAUUCAAUACAGAUUUCUCCUGCUCAAUCAUAUUUUAUGUGCACAGAUGAGAAUUUUAUUUUCUUUGUUCAAAAUGAAAAUGCAAGCAGUGCUUAGUCUGAUCUGUGUUUACUUGAUUCGUGGUGUCUGAAAUGUAGCAGGCUUAUUACUGAAAAUGUCUGGACAUUGAAAGUCAGGCUGAGCUCUUUCAUGAGUUUGCGCGGGGGGGGGGGGUGAACAUGCUUCGUCAAGUAUGGGAUUGGUCAUUUAAUGCUCGUGACUCCUAUUCAAUCAUCGCUGUGUUCAGACGCUGAAGCCUUUUUAUUGUAGAAAUAAUCAUUUGUAAAAAAAAAUUUACUACAUAUUUUUUGUGUAUUGCAUCACUUCAGUGUUUAUUUUCUUCUCUACAUCUUUCUGUCUGUCUUUCCGUGUCCAUGUUGUUGUUUCAUUUUUAUUGCGGUCCCG